UUUAGAAACACUAGAAAAUGAAGGCGUGCAUGCACAGAUGCAACCAAUAGGCGGUACUGUGCCAUUCCUCGGGUCGCUCUCUCCAUCUCCAGCCCUGAGGACAUCACCGUAUCUCUGGCUUUCCUCCUACUUGACCUAAAUCCAGUUUCUCUGCUGUCCCUGACGGCAGGACUAUCACACAGCCUGCGAGAUAAGCUACGAGGAAACAACACUGUGGAGCUUUUUCACCCUCUCUCUUCCGCUCUCUCUCUCUCUCUCUCUCUCGGAGUAGUUAAUACCUCUGCCUUUCUGUCCUCAGAUCAACCCCAACGCGAGUUUUGCGCCUGGAUCUCCACCAAAGGGACCUCUUGUAGAGCGUCGCGAUGAUUUACGUGGAGCAGAAAGAACUGACGUCUCUCCCAGGAAGGAUUUUAUAAUAUUCUCAUCCGCGGGAUUUUUUUUUUUUAAAGGUGCAAAAACCAGCUGGAUCCAUAAGCGCAAAAGUCGAAAUGUUAGACGAUAAGGCGCCGAGAUCCGAACUCGGGGCUCCGUCUUUUUACAUCGAGAAUCUGCUGCGGACAUCCGGCGCGGAUUCCUCGGCCGGAGAGAGCGUGGAGACCUCCGGGUUCAAAGUUUGGGGGGCUGCGCCCUUCCCGGCGGUCAGUCGGGUGCUGGAAACGGGACGGCCGCUUCAGAAAGCUGCAGAUCUUUAUGGGUCCAGUGUCACAGAUAAAUGGGGCGUCCAUGCAACACGGAGACAAGGGGAUUGCCAAGUUUUACCAGACUCGGCAGAGGAGAGCGACGAGUCAGAGGAGAAGAGAGAUGAUAGUUUAACAAACGACAAAGAGGAAGAAACUGUGCAGUCUUCCUGCAUCCUUGGGGAGGAUAACUGUGAUACAGGAGAGGUCAAAAUGCUGCGGAAGAAGAAGACGCGCACCGUCUUCAGCCGCACCCAGGUCUUCCAGCUGGAGUCCACCUUCGACCUGAAGCGCUACCUGAGCAGCACCGAGCGAGCCGGGCUGGCCGCCUCGCUGCAGCUCACGGAGACGCAGGUCAAGAUCUGGUUUCAAAACCGCAGGAACAAGUGGAAACGCCAGAUCACCGCCGACAUAGAGAGCGGUGGAGCCGUCGUACCUUACGCCGCCCACAGGGUCGUCAGAGUCCCCGUGGUGUACCGAGAGAACAUUGGCACGCCUCUGACUCUGGGCGGCCUUCCUCAGGUGUCGCCACCAGUUAUUGGGGUCUCGGAUCCCACCUGCCCACUGACUGGACACCUCACCCACCCAUUGGUGUUUAUGUCACCACCGAUGACAGGACUGGUAUGAUGUAAGGAGCUUUGGACAUAAAGAGACGCUAUUAGCAAUUCUAACACACUAAUUUAGAUGCUCUGAUUUUAUUUUUUUUUUAUACCAUUUCUCUUGGAAAAAGGCGAAGGGAGCCUGGUUCUCAGCCCAGGGCAGCAUUUCGUCAUGGGGCGGCACCAGUUGUACAAAAAACAAUUCUGUCAUUUACACAUCAACUGAGUUUUCUGUUGGAUAUUUUUGUGUCCUGUUAAGGCUUACUCGGCGUUGAGAACUGUGUAAGCAGAUAUCCAGGACUAAAGUAAAUUUAUAGAGCUACUGAAUAUCAAUAUUCUCCAUUUUUGUAAGGAAUCUGGAAUCUUUGAAUCAUCUGAACUACAAGAUAAAUAUAUAUUUAACUGGAAUAAUCCCUGGUGAACAGGGAUUCUUUUGCUUUUAUGUCAGUAUUACCACAAACAUCUUCUAAUGGCAACUCCCAGCAGGAUUAUACCUCCCUCUCAAACUUAAUCUCAAACUGGCUUCUUCAAGAUUAUGAUAAAUUCACUGUAUUACUAUGGCCUUCACAGUCUUAAGAUCUUAAUCCGAUAGAAGUAUUUUAGGAAAAAGAUUUAUGUUGUAGAUGUGCAGCACUCUGACAAUUAUCUAAGAUGGCUGGUGAGUACUGUAAUGUAGUUUCUUUUACUAUUGCUAUUCACACUUCAGAUCGUAAUGUUUUUUUAUAUAACCUGAUGAAAAUACAUUAUGGACUUUUGGAUUAUGGUUUCAUUUAUUAAAAGGGUCAACACUUACUCAGAUCAACCUGGAAAAAAAAAUGGACCACUUUAAAUUAUAAAUCAACUAUGACGAUCAACGGUUUUAGAAGCUGAUUUCUAUUUUACCAGCCACAUACGAUUGAUUGAAUAUUUAACUUAGGCUAAAAUAUCUCAAAAAGCAACUAUUUUUGGCCUGAUCUGACAAAAUUCAAGGACAGUUUAGCAGAAAAGUCAUUUAUACUCGUCAGUCUGGGAAGGUUUUCAAAGUGAUUUUAAUGGGUUUGGAGCUACAAUGAACCACAUUGAUACGAUUCACAAAUGAACAAAGAACGGCCAGCCGACCAAAAAUACUCCAUAAGCACCUCAACAAUUCAUCCAAGCUGGUCUCUACUGGAAAAUCAUGACUAAAGCCAUCAGGACCUAAAAUAUGGGACAUGGAAGAAGGCAAUGAUCCAGAGCUUCGAUCUAACCUCUGACUGUCUAAGAAAAAAGAAAAAGUAAAAGUUUUGUAGUGACUUAGUCCAAGUCUGGACAAGUCAAAGUUAUAACUUGAACCCAUUUGAGAUUGCAUGAUCAUAAACAGGUUGUUUGUGCUUAAAAAAACAACAAUUGUGGCUUAAUACUAACAAUUCUGUGAAAAAGGUGGACUAAAACACAAUGAAAGAUAUUUUAUUACCUUUCCAGGGACAGCUACCGUUUCCUUAUUUAAAUACAUUCAUCAUUGUAGUUUGUUCGGCUUUCAUAAUUAAAGCAAAAAUAAAUAAACUGGGAAAUUAUUUUUCAUAGCGUAUUGGGAGGCCAGUUUAAGUCACACAAACCUUCCAACAUAAUCUCCCAAAUUCCUUCAUCGCUUAAAAUGUUUACUAUGUAAUCACUAUCAAUCAGUUACAAAAACACAUUUUAUUAUAUGUGAGUUUUCACGACAAUAAUUGUAAUCACGACUCAUACCUAUUAUUAUUAUUACAUAUUUUGUUAUUUAAGAGGAUUUUCAUACAGACCUUUGUACCUUUUUGAGUCACAAAUGUGAAUAAAAUGUAUGCACCAAGAUGCA